AUGUCGACAAGUUCAGACACAGCCGAAGAUGAUCGAAUAGUGGCUAAAUGUUAUGUUGAAUUGGGUUAUGUUACAAAGGAAAAAGGAGACUUUGAAGAAAGUCUCCGUUAUCAUCGUAAAUCAAUGGAAAUCUUCGAACGUAUCGAUGAUCCACUUAGUGUUGCCGAUAGUCAUUUGAAUAUUGCAGAAAUUUAUAAGGCAAAAGGUGAAUUAAAACAAGCAAUGAAUGAAUAUGAAAUUGGCCUCUCAUUAUAUGAAGAUGUUUACGUGGACGAAGCGAAUAAGAACAGUGACAGUGGAACUGACGUUUCGCUCAAUUCGUCUUCGUUUUGUGACCCACUUCAUGCCAAGUCGCUUAGCAAAUCAGAGGAAAUAUUACCGCAAGCGAUACUUAUAAACACUAUAGAUAAAGACAUUUCGUCAUCGUCUCCUCGUCACUUGAAUUACGAUCGAUUAUAUUCGUCUAAAUCAUCAAAGAAUGUCGAAAGUAUGGAUGACUCGGCUUUGAUUCUAUCGAGGAAAUCAACUGAUAAAAUAAACAAAUCACUUUCAUCUUCAUGUGCAUCUGAUUUACAAAAUCUUGAUGAUCCCGAUGUGUUUCUUCCAACGACCCCAUUGGAUCUUGCCUAUGAGACCACGAAUGACGCAGCACCUUGUAUCAACGAUCUUCUACCAUUGUUAGCAUCUCUUCAAACAACAGAUCUAUCCACACUUGACACGAAUGCAGAAGAAGCCGAUAAUGAUAAUGUUCACAAGAAUGUAGAAACAAAAAGUCUUCAAAAUCAGAAUGAAAUCCAUUGUCAAAAUCAGUAUAGUCUUCCAAAAAAACAAUUUCUGAUUAUUAUUUUCGUUAUUAUCCUAACCGGUGCAUUCUGUCUGUCUCUCCAAGAAUUUUCGUCAACAAAAUCAAAACUGAAGUGGUCAUCCGGUGAUUCUUCUGUAUAUAUCAAUUCGCGUAGUCAUCAGACUCGAGAUGAUCUAGGUAAACAACUUCGAAAACUGUUACCUUGGCGAAAGAGUCAAAUGGCUUCUCUCGACCAAGAUACACGACGAGUUGUCGAAGAUUUUCUCUCCUCUGGCUCUGAUUUUCGUUCGAGGUUAACGAUUGACAAGUUUCAAAAACUAUUAGACUCAUUAGAUUUAAAAAUUGUCUUAGUACCACGAUGA